AUGUUCCUUCUAAAGCCAGCGUCAUCAUCUCCAACCGUCACAUCUACUUAUCACCGUCUAUGCGUUGGUCUUGUGGCUUCUGAAUGGAAAUACGUGGCUGAAGGAGGUGCGAAUGUUUUAUUUCGUCAUCGACCAGACGAUAAAACAGCAUCUAGUGCCGUUGCCAUUGAAUUCAAAGGCAAAUUAUUGCGUGUGAAGAAAUGUGAUGUGGUCGACCCAAUCCGAAACAAUACGAAAGACAAACAGCAGAACAGAGAUGAGAAACCCUAUGUGCCACACUAUCCACACCCAAGAAAGGUGCUGGAUUAUGCUACACAUGAAAUUAUGCCGUUUCUACAGCAACAAUUGCACGACCAUAUGACUGUUGGGGGUAGAGAAAAUACUUAUCUUCAAGUAGCUGAGCUUGUGGAUGUUGAACGUGGCUUUUUACAAGCACUAAAUGCACAAUUAUUGUCGCUCGAAUGUCGACCAAAUCAUCGAAGACACAGUCAGAUUGAUGUCUCCUUGCAAUGUGUGAUGGUAUUACCAGAUGUGACAUUACCAUUACCAGAUGAAAAUCGUGUGCGAAAUUUCUUUCAAUCAACAAAAAGUUUGCUGGAAACAAAAGCAGAAGAAUACGAAGAAGAAGAGGAAAAAGUGACUUUGUCGGACGAAGAUGACGACGUCGAGGAAGAAGAAGAGGAAAUUGUGGAUGGAAUGAAAGCGGAUGGUAAUCACAAUGUUAUUUGUAGCAGCACAAGUGUCAGCAGUACGUCGGACAAGGAAGACGAAGACGAGGGAGAAAGUAUAUUGAAGGAAACGUUGACUACGCUGAACCGGCCUGGUAGAAUUCACUGUGUAAACAUGCCACAUACUCUUAUGUCUGCACGCACUUCUUCGUUCUAUGCUGGAAACGUGUUUGACUGCUGUUUCCGCAAUAUUUGUGUGGAGUUGAAGCCGAAGAUUGGGUUUAAACCAAAGGGUCCAUUGGUUAGUCCUACGAAGGCACGUGUGUGCCGAUUCUGCAUGCACCAGCACUAUAAAAAGCGCACUGGUAAGGUGGAAGAGAUUAGUCAAUACUGUCCAUUGGAUUUGUUUUCAAAGGACCCAGGUAGGAAGCGACGAGCUCUUCGAGCAUUGCAGCGAACGCCUCAGAAUAAUUUCAAGCUAUUUGUGCGCUCGGCAGAGGACGAGGUCGUGAAUGUCAUUACAGGCUUGAAUGCUGACGCGCUGCCAAAGGGUGCGGCCCAGUCACGGUACUCCUAUUGUCAACGAAAACGAAUGGGCUUACGACACUCGUGCCAGUCCAUAGGCGCCGAGCACGAAAUUGCCUUUGAUGAAAAGGGGGCAGAGCAUGAUCGUGAUCAUGCACAACUGAUGCCUGAAGUAGUUGAGCUGAUCACGCAAGUUUUACAGGAGCUGGCUAUUUUAGACGACUUGAAGCAGAUGCAGUUGCUAGACCACAUUUCAGCAGAUGGCAUGUGGCAUCUUCAAUUGCUGCUGCAGCGACUUGAUGAAGAGAAUACGAUAGUGGCUUCAUCUAAAGCUGAUACAACUGUGGGUGAAUUAGUAGCAUCAAUACGGCAGCACUCUAACUCUUCGACGGACGAAGAUGUAGAUCAAGAAGAAAGUCUUGCACGCGGAUUGGCUUUCUUGAACAUUGCACUGAACCAUCUACCCGAGCUGGAUGUGCUACAAGAAGUUAAAUCGUGGGAGACGAUGCGUCUCCAGCAAUUCCAUGAUUUGUACAAGGAGCUAGAAAAGCGGUUCCAGGUGGCUACAACGUUGAAAGACUGCUCGCUGCUUUUGUGCUUGCGCCGCUCGCCCGGUGACGACGCAGGUCGAGGCGAUGACCCUCAAAACAAGACAUUGAACACCUCGCGGCCUCCUCAGCAUCUCGUGGAGUUUGAACACCAUGUGCGCUUUCGUGACCUGGCUUUUGAUUGUGUGGUGGCAAUUGUAGAUCUAGAUGUCAAGUCGCACAAGUCGGUUGAGGAUUACUACCGACUGGAUGAGAAGAUUGUAAUGAAUUUCCACCGCGAGUUUGGCGACCGGGGCGUGGCGCAAGCACUCUGUCACGAAGAAUGA